GCCUGCAGUUUUAAUCCGCGCCUUAACAUGACGUGUAUUUUAUAACCCCCUCCAACAAGAGGUGAAUUUCAGGACCCCCUCUCAGCACGACGCUCGCCCAUGUGCUUUGUGGUGCAAAGGGAAGUAAGGCAGUAAAAGUCCGGUAAGAGGCGGUGCUGCUUGUUGUGGUUGCGGUGGAAGAGGAUCUUUGCUGGGUGUUUGUGCAUCAGCGAGGAGGUUUGAUGACGACGCAAGAAGAGAAGAUUCUGACAGAUGAAAUGGCAAACUCAUCACCAGCAAAGAGCGUAGGUGACCCUGGUAUUACUCCGCUGUCUCCUACGCAUAUUCAGAAUGACACCAGUGACCAAGUCCCGUCAGGAAUGUCCUUCAUGGUGGUGGUGGCCAUUGACUUUGGCACCACAUCCAGCGGGUACGCUUAUGCAUUCACCAAGGAGCCAGAGUGCAUUCACACAAUGAGGCGAUGGGAGGGUGGAGAUCCUGGCGUGUCCAACCAGAAGACCCCAACCACAAUCUUGCUGACUCCGGACAGAAAGUUUCAUAGUUUUGGCUACGCAGCACGUGACUUUUAUCACGACCUGGACCCCAGCGAGUCCAAACACUGGCUCUACUUGGAGAAAUUCAAAAUGAAGCUCCAUACCACGGCAAACCUGUCCAUCAAUACAGACCUCCAGGCAGCAAAUGGGAAGCGCGUGAAGGCUUUAGACAUUUUUGCUUAUGCACUGGCCUUCUUUAAGGAGCAAGCGCUGAAGGAGCUGAGUGAUCAGACUGGUUGCGAGUUUGACAACAAUGAUGUUAGAUGGGUGAUCACUGUUCCUGCCAUCUGGAAAAUGCCUGCAAAACAAUUCAUGAGGGAAGCUGCUUAUAAGUCUGGUUUGGUGUCCCGUGACAACCCAGAGCAACUUAUCAUUGCCCUCGAACCUGAGGCGGCGUCAAUCUAUUGCCGCAAGCUACGUCUCCACCAGAUGGUGGACUUGAGCAACCAGACCAAUCACAAUGGCUGUAGCCCUACGGACAAUGUGGGAACUGCCAUGACUCAAGCUUCUCCAGGCCACGCUAAGGAGCAUGUGCGGCGCAACCGGCAAAGUCGCACCUUUUUGGUGGAAAAUGUCGUAGGGGAGCUUUGGUCGGAGCUGGAAGAAGGAGAUCGGUAUGUUGUGGUGGACUGUGGCGGAGGGACGGUGGACCUGACCGUCCAUCAGAUUCGUCUCCCGGAGGGACAUCUAAAAGAGCUUUACAAGGCUUCUGGUGGACCAUAUGGCUCUCUUGGGAUCGACUAUGAAUUUGAGAAGCUGCUGUGUAAGAUCUUUGGACAGGAUUUCAUCGACCAGUUCAAAAUCAAGAGGCCGGCCGCUUGGGUGGACCUCAUGAUCGCCUUUGAGUCACGGAAGCGAGCGGCAGCUCCUGGCAGGACCAACCCUCUAAAUAUCAACUUGCCCUUCUCCUUCAUCGACUACUACAAGAAGUUCAGGGGUCACAGUGUCGAGCACGCCCUUCGCAAGAGCAAUGUGGACUUUGUAAAAUGGUCAUCACAAGGGAUGCUGAGGAUGAGUCCUGAUGCCAUGAAUUCUCUUUUCAAGCCCACCAUUGAACACAUCAUUCAACACCUCAAUGAGCUCUUCGAGAAACCUGAGGUGAGCAACAUCAAGUUCCUUUUCCUGGUGGGAGGUUUUGCAGAGUCGCCGCUUCUCCAGCAGGCCGUCCAGAACAUGCUUCAGGGCCGCAGCCGCAUCAUCAUCCCGCACGAUGUUGGCCUCACCAUCCUCAAAGGUGCGGUGCUGUUCGGCUUGGACCCCAGCAUCAUCAAAGUCCGCCGCUCCCCGCUGACCUACGGCGUCGGUGUCCUCAAUCGCUUCGUGGAAGGCAAGCACCCGUCAGAGAAGCUGCUGGUGAAGGAUGGCACGCGCUGGUGCACUGACGUCUUCGACACCUUCAUCUCCGCUGACCAGUCGGUGGCGCUUGGCGAGUUGGUGAAGCGCAGCUACACGCCGGCCAAGCCCUCGCAGCAGGUCAUCGUCAUCCACGUCUACUGCUCCGAGAAGGAGAAGGUGGGCUUUAUCAGCGAGUCCGGCGUCAAGAAGUGCGGGACGCUUCGCCUGGACGUCAGCGGAACGGAAAGCACGGCCCCGCGCCGUGAAAUCCAGACGCACAUGCAGUUUGGUGACACGGAGAUCCGGGCGAUGGCGGUGGACGUGUCCACUGGGCGCACGGUCAAGGCUAGUAUUGACUUCCUUAGCCAUUAAGCUUAUUUUCACAUGAAUGCUAGCAACGAAACACAUCUUACACACUUUCAAACCUUUUGGCCGUUACUUCAUCACUUAACCAAUACUCAAUUGUUAUGUUGAUUAUUGAUCAAUUAUAGCACGACGCCACAAGAAAAUGAGAUUGAAAACAAUGCUAGAAUGUUUACGUGCUCUGCUAACAGCUUUAUGUGACAAGCAGGAAAGAAAAACAAAAUACCCUCUUCUAUGAUCACGUUACAUUAAUUACAGACAGGGAAAGGUGGACGAAAAACGGUCACAUGACAUCAUGACAUGACAAACAUUGCUGACGGUUAGCAUAUUUACUAUAAUGUAUUUGGAAAUCAUGCAAAAAAAUCUGGAUCUUUCUUUUAAAUGAAGCUGAGUUGAGUCUUAAAUAUCGAGCAUAUUUACUGUCUUUGGUGUGCACAAGUCAGACACUCCCAAGAUUUUGUUUUAAUUUUGAUAGCGCUAAUUCAACUUCGUAACUGCGUCCAAUUAACUUCUCCUUAUAUUUUGGCCAGACGUCGUCGUUUUCGAAUUUGUCACUCAACUGUCAACCGUCUAACACUUUAGCCAAUGCUAAGCUCGCUGACAUUAGUUGCGUUAACAACUAGAAAAUCUCCCAUGUAUUCAAUUGUUCCUUAUCCUAUUUCUGACAUCUCCUGAAAGUUAUAUAAAAAUAACUAACUGCAAAGUAGUUAGUAAACUCUGACUGACAUGGUUGUAAGGCAUUUUCUAUGACAUUAGCAACAUCACUCAAAGGUUAUGUUGAUAAAACCUUCUGGAAAUGUCAGAAAUGAUUGGGAAAUAAUAUUGAGAGGUAGGACCUGGCAGAGUUCUGUGCUCUCCAAAUGCUUUUCUAUUUAUGUGUUCAUUAUUACGAUUAAGCUAUCAUGUCUGUUUAAAAAAUGCAAAAGAAGGAAUACAUAAUUUAUAUUUAUAUCACUUCAUCACACACGCUAGAUAGAACAUAAAUGUACUGGUCAAAAAUCAAAAUGGCUGCCAACCUGCAAAAAUGGUUACUUUUUGCUGUUACCCUUGUGUGGCACUUUAGACAGCUUUGACUUUUAUUUCUCAGGCGUAUAUUUAUGUCCAUGCAGAAUUAAAAUUUAUUUUUUAUAAAUGUUUUGUCUUUUUUAGGAUGGGUUUCAUGGUUAGCUUAACACAGCAGUUAUACAGUCAAGAAGCUGUCGUAUCGCUCACUCACACACACUCAAACACACACAGACACCCCUCACUUUUUCUUGCCUUCUUUGUGCUCAUCCUAUCACCAGCCAGGACACAUUCACAGCCUCACAAACAUAGUACACAAUACUUAGGGCCUGAUUUACUAAGAUCCAAACACUGUGCAGUAGACAGCAGGUGCAAACAAUAAAAUAGCGUCUACUAUUAGUGGGCGCGUUGCGUGCGAUAGUGUUACUAAGACUGCCUCAUUUAAAUGAGGAUUUUGCGUGUACUAUACGGUGGAUCACCACGGAGACACUCUCAUCUACUGCACAUUCAUGUUAUUAUGCUCCUCCCUGUGGAGAUUUGCUAUGUUUUCAAACAAGCAGGAGACAUGUACCACUUUUUAUGGGCAUUUUAGAAGCAGUCAUGCAGUGCAUCUACAUUGACACCACUGCACUUAUGUGCUCAAAACGCAAAACUGCAUACUUCAAGAAGUUUUUUUUCAUAUAAGAAAUAUUUUGUAAUAUAUAUUCUACGUAAAAACAUAAUUACAAAAUAUUAAAUGACGCAUCAAAUGAAUUGGUUUUAACCAGCCCCUUAAGUCCUCUCGCAGAUAUAAAAUGAUGUUUCUGGAUAGACAAUAUGUCUAAAGUUGUUCAUUUCUGAACGUCCAAAAUGUUGACACCAAUGUUGGGUUAGUUACUGAAAACCAGUAACUAGUUACAGUUACUAGUUACUUUAUCUCAAAAGUAACUCAGCUACUGACUCAGUUACUUACACCAAAAAGUAAUGGGUUACUGUGAAAAUUAACUAUUUAGUUACUUCUUUUUUUCCCCCUUUUUUUUAAGGCUCCCAUUAAUGCCCUUUUAGCCUUCAUUUCAGUACUGUUAUUGCACUGGAGAAUAAUACAAUCUGUUGUUCAACUUGACAUGCAUUUGCAUCACUGAACUCAGAAAGCAAUGUGGUCUACAUACAACACACAAAGACAAAGAUAUGUUUCAAAGGGCCAAUUUAUUUCAGGCCAGAACAAAUUGACAAAACUAUUUUAAAUAGCUGCAACAUAAUGGCACUUUAACUUUAACUUUAAGUAGAUAGGAUCUUUGAUCCAAGACACAACUUACAUUUAACUAAAAUGUUAUUUUCUUUGUGCUCGACAAUAGAAAAGUAUUGAGAAUGUCUCCAUGUUAAAAAACUUGACUUCUGGCUUCGCCAUGAUGUCUUGUUAGUUGUUGAGAGUAGCGUAUGUGUGUGUGUGUGUGGCCCUUUAAGAUAUGACAGCAUGUGAGGUGAGUGAUGUCAGUGAGUGAGUGGGCGAGAAAGGUGAGCGAGCGGCGACAGUGAGUGCGUGCAGGUGCUCUAGCUUGGUGGAUGGCUGCGUCCAAUAAAGUCACAAAGUUGCAACAAACCGCCGGCCUCGUCAUUCGCCCUCAGCUGUAAAGACCCACUUGUUAGCCCCGAAAUACAUAGGCCCUGGAGGAACGUCUCCCCUGCGCCCCUCAGCUACGGUCUGGGAGUCCCCCCCGCCCCCACCCACAGAAAGCACGCCUUUUCUUUUCCACCGCAGCGCUCCAAUAAAACACACUCAGAUCUUCUGUUUCCAGCCGAUACUACAUAAAAAAUUACGUAAAAUAACGCAGUACCGCAUAAUGUAGUAACGGUAACUGAGUUACUGAAUAUAAAAAAUAACGCGAUAGAUUACUAGUUACCGCCGAAACUAACGGCGUUACAGUAACGCGUUACAAAGUAACGCGUUAGUCCCAACACUGGUUGACACACACGUGUGACGGAGUAUUCUCGUCUGUCUGUGCAGCGCAAGAUCUUGCAGCCGUGUGUGGAAUUGUCCGUUUCUGACACGUGCUCAAUAGAAUAGAGAAUAGUCCUCGCAAUACAGUGAUGAGUGUUGAUAAAUCACAUUGUGUGUGCUGAAUAAUGAUAUUUGCAUCUUAGCCACACCUAUAGUGUGUGACAAUCAUUGGUACUUUAACUUCUCUUCCCAGUAUUGCAGGCAUUUUGAUGAUCAGCAUAUAUUUUGCAUAUUAAUGAAGACAGAGACGCAAAUUGUAUUUCACACUUUAUUCUUCUCACUUAACAGACACAAUCCACUUUGCACACAUUUAGUAGAUCAGCUGUGCUUGUGCUGUCAAGUUUGCACUUGUUUUAGUACAUGCAAACUUUGAGUAAACCAGGACCCUAGUGACGGAAGUAUUCCAGGAAAGUGCAGCAUGCUGUAAGCUUUAAUUGGCUUCUGCUUCCGUUGAUGAUAUCAAAUAUAACCGACAUACAUAUUUUCUGUACAUACGCUAUUUAGAUAUUGUACAAAUACUUAGCAUCCUGUUAGUUGUAGCUGUCAUUUGGGAGUGUGAGUGGGUUUGUGCGUGCUUUUACUUUUCAUAUAUGAACAUAUCAGCCACUGUGACAUCUCAGCACAACAAACAUAAUUCAUUCAACAUAUUCUAUGCAUCAAUAUUACGACCUGCUUUGCACCUUUGUGGAAAAUAUCAAACAUACACUGCGUUAGUUCUCACAAUUUUCACUCUAGUCUGAAAUGCUCAUCAUUAAAACAUUUUAACAAUCAUUCCCACAUUAAAUUUUUAUAAACUUCCUGUAUUCUACUAAACUUAUUUUACUAUUCGUUCCUACAUUAAAUUAAACAUAUCUUAUUGAUAAUUUCGACACUCGAAAAUAUUUAGAAAAUCAUUCCAACGUUAUUUAAAACAUAUUUUAAUAAUCACUCCUUCAUUAAAUUAAGCAUAUUUAAAAAAUCAUUCUGACAUAAGUUAAGAUGUUUGAUAAUAUUCCCACAUCAAACUGAACAUAUUUAAAAAAAUAUUCUUACAUUAAAUUGAAGUUUAGAAAUGUGUUUCCAGCUCAGACAAAGGCGUAAUUAACUAUCAAAGAUGCUCAAUGUGACAACCUACCUACCAAAAUUAAACUUACCCCAUUCUAGGGUUUGGUAUAAAAAUAUUUCUCAAAAGGCAAUAAAGUUGACAUAACUUAUAUACACAUAUUAAACACAUAUUUAUUAGUGUGUAGAAACAACGCCAUCUGGAGGCGAGAUGACGAGUGUGACAACCAACCUUUUUGACAAUAAACCCCUUCCACCCUCCUCGGUCUACCUAUGAGUUCUGUUCUUAUGUUAUAGUCUAAGUCAGUCUUACUGUAUGCAGAACAUUUGGAGGACCUAAAUACAUUUAAAAAAUGCAGUCAUAGAAAUAUAUUACACUGGUAAUAAAGAAAGUACAUCAUAAACCCCAACAAGCUUUUUUUUUUACUCAAGCACCUGUUUAAAAGCAUCCCUAAAAAUAGACCUUUUAUGCACUCACUCACACAAAAUGUGUUUCCUGAAGUAGAGGAUUGAGGUAGAACAAUAGUAGAAGUACGCCCACGUACGACCUGAAAGCAGAGCCUUUAUUGCGCUUUAUGGGCGUUCGUGUUAAUCACCUGCAUGUUUAAAGCAGCAGUAUAAUGGAAAAACAAGUUUCCUCUCUAUUCAAGCGAUUAUCAUCUAUAUCUGAUUUAUAAAACUUAAAGACUUACAAAGUUUGCUAAAAAAAAAAAUUUAAAAAAAAUCAUUAAAAUAAUA